AGGCCUCGGAAAAAUGAUUUCCUGACAGAGACACGAUCUCGGCGCGUCCAGUGAGGGUGUGUCCCACAUCCAGCAUUGUGUGCUCCAACGCACCAGCAUUGUGUGAGAUUGGGUGGAGACGGCGGGAUCUGCCCAGCUCGGACAUUCAGCCACGCCAGAGACAGAUCGAGCCUCGCCCCACUCUCCCCCGCCAGGCUGGGCCGGCCAGCAUGAAGGGCGCCAAGCGCCAGCCAGCUUCGGUGGAGUUCGCGGCUUACCAGAAGAACGUUAAGCAGAGGUCUCGUCUGGAUCCGGUCAAUGAGCAACACGUGGCAGCAGCAGCUGCUAGCACAUCAGCACUGCAGGAGAAGAAGGCAGGCGGGCUUCUCAAGGUGCGGUGGCAGUGCGUGGACGUGGAGGGGCGGGCGGGCGAGGAGUGGCUGGACCGCGCGGCGGUGAUGCAGCGCACGGGGCUGCACGCGCGCGACCUGCGCAUCCUCGACCCGCUGCUCUCCUACCCCUCCACCAUCCUUGGCCGCGAGCGCGCCAUCGUGCUCAACCUGGAGCAUCUCAAGGCCAUCAUCACAGCUGAAGAGGUGCUGCUGCGCAACCCCACCCACGAGGGCGUUCAGCGCUUUGUGGACGACCUGCAGAGGCGCCUGCUGCUGCAGGCCGCUGCUGUCAGUGCUCCCACCACCCACGCAGCCCCUGCUGCUCCAGGGGCCGCCCCUGCAGUGGUGCCCACCACAGCUGAAGCUGCCAGCCCGGGUGCCGCCAGAAGCACUCCAGCAGGCUCUGCUGCCGCCGCCACUGCCUCUGCCCCUGCUGCUGCCACUGCCACCGCUGGUGGUGCUGCUGCUGGCGGCAGUGGCAGUGCGGGUGGAGCGGGUGCUGAUGGGCGGGAGAGAUUGCAGGGCCCAGGCAGUGGAGAGGCACGGGACGUGGAUGUGCAUGGAGGGGGGAGAGAGGGCGGAGGGGCAGGGAGAGAGGGGAGAAGGGAGAGCGGGAGCACCGCUCUAGGGAGAAACAAAGAGGGAAGAGAGAGUGAGAGGCAGAGAGCACAGCCUGCGUCGGAGAUUGAGACGGUGGAGGGUGAAGACAGGGACAGACGGGGUGAGGCACAUGGCGCAGGCGAGGAGGAGGUGGAGGAGGAGGAGGAAGGGGAGGGGGAGGAGGAAGAUGAAGAGGAGGAGGAGGAAGACGCGGCAGGCGGCGUGGGCAGUGAGCACGGGUCGAUGGCUGAGAGCGAGCCGCUCACUCUGCGGCUGCGACUGAAGGAAGAGGGGGGGCCGUUGCGGAGGGGCAUGGGGCCAGAAGCAGAGGAAGAGGCUGAGGCUGGGGCAGGGGCGAGGGGAGCGAGGGGAGCAAAGGGGGUGCAGCAUGACGAGGAGGAGGAGGACGACGACGAGGACGUGGAGGAGUACCGGCCAUUCGAGUUCAUCGCGCUGGAGGUGGCGCUGGAACAGGUGUGCCGCCUGCUGGCCUCGCACACGGCGCUGCUCGAGCAGGAGGCGUACCCCGCCCUCGACGAACUCACCUCCCGAGUGAGCAGUCUCAAUCUGGACCGAGUGCGAAGCAUGAAGAACAGAAUGAGUCGGCUUAUCGCUCGUGUGCAAAAGGUGCGUGAGGAGCUGGAGCAGCUGCUGGACGAUGACGACGACAUGGCCGAGAUGUUCCUCACGCGCAUGGCGGCCGCGCCGCACUCCCCCACCGCCACCUCGUUGCACGACGCCCACUACUUUGCCUUCUCCCUCCCCGCCCCCGCCGCCCUUCACCUGCCCCUCUCCUCUCCGCCUCCCGCCCCUUCCCCCACUCUCGGAUCGCGAAUGUCCAUUGGAGGGCGAUGGGGCAUGGGCAUGGGCAUGGGGGGCGCGGGGACGGCGGCGCUGAUGAGUCGGGCGAGUGCGUACAGCAGCGCGCACUCCGACAACAACGAGGACAUCGAGGAGCUCGAGCAGCUGCUGGAGUCGUACUUCGUGCAGAUCGACAGCAUCCUCAACAAGCUCUUCACUCUCAGGGAGUACAUUGACGACACCGAGGACUACAUCAACAUCCAGAUUGACAAUCACAGGAAUCAACUCAUCCAGCUGGAGCUGGUGCUGAACGCGGGCAUCAUGGUCACCUCCAUCUCUGCCACCGUGGUCGGCAUAUUUGGAAUGAACAUCCCCUAUGCCUGGAACACAGACCCCUCAGCGUUUGCCUGGGUGGUGGCGCUGGGAACACUAGUGCCAUUCCUCCUUUUUGUUGCCCUCGUUUGGUAUGCGAGGUAUCAUAAAAUUUUGGCGUAAUCCAAUUUUGUUCUUGAAAGCGGUGUCGUCACCAACUCCCAGAUUCAGGGUUUUUUCAAGAGUGUUUGCUUGUACCUGUAGAAACGCUACUGUCCCUGUAAUAAGGAAUUACCCAGGAUCAGGAUUCUUUGGAACCAUGAGAGUUGAAGUCAGCAGAAGACUCAGAGGCCCUUGUAAGAACACUAUGUCGAGUGACCCGCUGGGUUACCCUUAAAAAGAUCCUUGGAGAAGGGCCACAGGUGCAGAGCCUGGGGGGCUAUGGGCGCACUUACCCGCUAUUU